AUGUCGGUAGACGGUGAUACAUUAAUGUCUGUGUCGGGACGUGUAAGUGAAGGUCUGCCAGGACGUGUAAGUGAAGGACUGUCGGGAUGGGUAAGUAAAGGACUGUCGGGACGUGUUAGUGAAGUGCUGUCUGGACAUGUAAGUAAAGGACUGUCGGGACGUGUAAGUGAAGGAAUGUCGGGACGUGUAAGUGAAGGACUGUCUGGACGUGUAAGUAAAGGACUGUCGGGACGUGUAAGUGAAGGGCUGUCGGGAUGUGUAAGUGAAGGACUGUCGGGACGUGUAAGUGAAGGACUGUCGGGACGUGUAAGUGAAGGACUGUUGGGACGUGUAAGUAAAGGACUGUCGGGACGUGUAAGUAAAGGACUGUCGGGACGUGUAAGUGAAGGACUGUCGGAAUGUGUAAGUGAAGUACUGUCUGAACGUGUAAGUAAAGGACUGUCGGGACGUGUAAGUGAAGGACUGUCGGGACGUGUAAGUGAAGGACUGUCGGGACGUUCAAGUAAAGGACUGUCGGGACGUGUAAGUGAAGGACUGUCGGGACGUUUAAGUAAAGGACUGUCGGGACGUGUAAGUGAAAGACUGUCGGGACGUUUAAGUAAAGGACUGUCGGGACGUGUAAGUGAAGGACUGUCGGGACGAUUAAGUAAAGGACUGUCGGGACGUGUAAGUGAAAGACUGUCGGGACGUGUAAGUGAAGGGCUGUCGGGACGUGUAAGCGAAGGACUGUCGGGACGUGUAAGUAAAGGACUGUCGGGACGUGUAAGUGAAGGACUGUCGGGACGUGUAAGUGAAGGACUGUCGUGA